GUUUAAUAUUACCACUAUUCCGACUAUCUGGCCGGCAGCUGAGCAGAGCAAAGAUGCCCAAGGCACUAUCAAAGAAGCGCAAUAGCGCUUCCCAGGCAAGCCCUUAUGCUCAGGCUGCUGCAAAAACCAAGGCCGCAAACAAUGUGUUCCGUAUGAAUACAGACAUUGGCCAGCACGUUUUAAAAAACCCUGGUGUUGCUCAGGCUAUUGUGGACAAGGCAGAUCUAAAGCAAAGUGAUACAGUCCUUGAGAUCGGCCCCGGCACAGGUAAUUUGACUGUCAAAAUACUAGAGAAAGCGAAAAAAGUCAUUGCUGUCGAGUUGGACCCACGGAUGGCUGCGGAAGUUACAAAGCGAGUGCAAGGGAAGCCAGAACAAAAGCGGCUUGAAGUUUUACUAGGCGAUGUGAUCAAAACCGACCUUCCAUAUUUCGAUGUCUGCAUUAGCAACACUCCUUAUCAGAUCUCCUCUCCUCUAACCUUUAAACUCCUCGCUACCAACCCUGCACCACGAGUAUGCAUUCUCAUGUUCCAACGAGAAUUCGCAAUGCGCCUUUUUGCCAAACCUGGCGAUAAGCUCUACAGCCGUUUAUCUGUGAAUGCCCAGAUGUGGGCAAGAAUCGACCACAUCAUGAAAGUUGGGAAGAAUAACUUCAAACCGCCGCCCGCCGUUGAAUCCAGUGUGGUUCGCAUUGUUCCCAAAAACCCACGCCCACAAAUCAGUUAUGAUGAAUGGGAUGGCCUUUUAAGAGUUGCCUUUGUGCGGAAAAAUAAGACGAUGAGAUCCAGCUUCCUUGGUACCACCAGUGUACUCGACAUGCUGGAGUCGAAUUAUCGAACAUGGUGUGCCCAGAACAAUAUUCCAGUCGAAGAUGGGCCAGCAGAAGAGCCCGAGGAUAAAUCCGUGAACACGAUCGAAGACCCAGGUGAACAGGAAGAAGAAUUGGGCAGCGCUAUGGACAUCGACGAUGACGGUGGGGAUGUGCCGGAGUUCUUUGCAGACGAGGAGCCAAAACUUAAUUUGAAUGCCUCCAAAGAAAAUCCAGCCCGCAAAAGGAAAGGGAAAGUACGGGAACUCGUCCGAGAGAAGGUCAGACAGGUUCUCGAGGACGAAACCGGCCUUGCAGACAAACGCGCACGAAUGUGUGAUGAAGGCGAGUUCCUCAAACUCUUGUGGGCCUUUAAUCAGAAGGGUAUCCAUUUCAGUUGAUCUCCCGAAAGAAAACAACAAUCCUUAAGCGGCUCAAAAAUUUAGAUAUGUGAACACCUGAUUCUAUCUUGGCGCGUUGCAAGUGCCGGAGUAAAAGUCGAAAUCCGUCACUGUCACCCUGGACCAGAGGGCGUUCCAGCGCUGGACCGGAGAUGGGCACUCGAAUCUUGAAACAGGCUCUGCCAAAUAAACGCCUCACUCAAUAGAAGCUCGAUAUCUUUUUCGGUCCAAUCUUUAGUCGGAAGAGAUUGGAGGAACAUCAUUAUUUCCUACUAAACAUUUUAGCCUAGUGUUUCCCAUUUUCCGUUUGUGGCAUAUAAAUGGAAACAAACCUGAAAGUCCAUUUU